UUCUCCGAGCGGAUGUUGCAUGGAAGAGUACCGGGAACUCAACGUUGCGGUUCCGUGAUAUCAACACUAGUUUGGACGCCCUAAAUCCUCGUCGCGCGCGGAUGGAUGUAGAUUAACCAGAGUUAAACGUCACACUUGAAAGAGUGCUUUCCGGAUAAACUCCUCCUUCCGCCGUCGCCGCACGUUCUACCGACCUUAGCUUAGCUUUUAUUAGCCGCCCAGUGUUUCUCUCUCCCAAAGGGCCGGCUCUAGCUCUGACUCUGGCUCUGGCUUCCCUUGCCACCUUUGGGAAAACCGCGGCACUUGAGAGUGUUCGCGUAAAGUGUUUGUGUGAAAAUGGGCACAAUGAGUGGAACAAAUGAGGAGAACGAGCAUCAAGGUCAACUACAGGACGCGGUUCUCCAGCAUCCUCCAGUCGUGUUGCACACUGCAGGCGUCACGGGUGGAGAUGUCGGUCCUGAGCGGCACGACUCGGAAUUCGCCAACGUCAAAGAGGAGGAGUGGGAGGCUCCAGAGCCUGCCCACAUGAAAGAACGGGAGCUCGAGCUGCAGCUUCCUCACGUCAAAGAGGAAGAACAGGAGGUUCCGUUCAUUGGCAUCGUUGUGAAAAGUGAAGAUGACGUCAGUCAACAGGAGCCAGAGUCACCUCAGGCUGAGGAGGAGGAGGAGCUCACCGAGAUGCCGCCGACCGGCAAAGAGGGGCUUCAACGUGAGGAGGGCGGAGGGACGGGGCCUCUCGGCCGCAGCUCUAUGACACCUGAAGGCCACCCUGGAAGAUCCCAUGCGGACGGCCUCUUGGCUCCGCUUUCAGAUCACCGCCACGACAUUUGGCACUCUGGUAAUAACCAUGAGGAUGAUGGAGGCAGCAUUUCAUGUCAGACAGACAACAUGCGCUGGACAUGUUCUCAGUGUGACAAAACAUUUGAAGCCAAGUCCAAUUUCAAAAUGCACACUGGAGAAAAAGCUUUGGCCUGCUCGCUUUGUAGUCAAGGAGCCCCUUUGACAAACAUUCAGGAAAAACAUUUUGCUUGCUCAGUCUGCCACUUCAAAUUCCGGAAGCAUUGCAAUUUAAAGGCCCACAUAAGAACACACACGGGAGAGAAACCUUUUGCCUGCUCGGUCUGCGAGAAAAGAUUUACUGAAAAGGGACAUCUAAGAACGCACUCAAGAACACACACUGGGGAAAAACCUUUUGCCUGCUCAGUGUGUGAGCAGAGGUUCUCGGAGAAGGGAAGCUUACGAAAACACGCGAGAACCCACAGUGGAGAGAAACCUUUUGCCUGCUUCGUUUGUGCUAAAACCUUCACUCAGAAGGGACAUUUAAGAAGGCAUUCGAGAACGCACACCGGAGAGAAGCCUUUCAGCUGCAAUGUGUGUGCUAAACGCUUUGCCAAUAAGUAUCAGGUUACAAUCCAUCAUUGUGCUGCUGGUGAGAAAAGCAGUGGGCAUCAAGCUUCAAACAGACAGUGACCAAACAAAGUCAGCUGGCUGCGCAAAUCAGUGGAAAUAUUCCACAGCCUUCCAUUAGAAGGAAGGCAUCAUUGGAUUUGUCCGCUCUGACUAAAUUCGUCUAUGAACUCUUUCGAUUGGUUGGACUUGAUGUCCAACAAGGGUGCUUUUUCAAGUGCUCUAGCGCUAAAGUCGAGCUGGCGUUUUGGAUCA